AUGGCUGAGAUCAAGGCUAUGGUGAACCCCGACCGCUCUGGGCUGUUUUCUCAUGGCAUAUUCCUGGCAGGGGUCAAGUGCCAAGUGCUGAGAGACGAACUGCAUACGGAGGAAGAGUUGACAAUGGACAUGCGCACCAAAGUAACCGACACCGGCUGUGACACUUACAGCAUUUGUGUUGCCAAGACUAAGAGAACUCUGGUUGUUGUUCAGGCAAAAAAGGAUGUACAUGGAGGAAAGGUGAACAAAAUUGCCUUCGACAUGGCUGAUUACCUCAGGAAAAAAGACUUCUGA